AUGAGCUCGUAUUUCUCAAAUCUAACAGCCUCCUCCUCCAUAUCAAACGUCAUCGGCUCCCGACUAAACAGUCUCCGCCGCGCCAUAACACUAGGCGACGAAGCAGACGACCCAGACAACGAGGACUGCUCACAUAUCUCCAACGCCCUCCGCGCAUACUACAAUGAAAAAGGCCGUCCUUUCCCGCCCUGGCUCCCUCCAGACCCGAAGGCUCCCGCUCCGAACUCCCGCGUCGUAGCCACAAGCCAACCUUCCGGCCAGGCUCCAGCAAUCAACUACGGCCGAGGUGGCGGGCUAGGGGAUCUAUGGGGCGACUCUGGUUCUCCCCAGCCACCGGCUUCACAAACUACUAGUCUGAGGCGAGGAAGGGGUACUCCGAAUGUUGCUCCUCCGCUUAAGUCUAGUGUUAGUUCGCCUGCUGGCCCUGUGCCUGGUUCUGGUAUGCCUCUGGGACAGGUUCAUUCGAAUCCUAGCUCGGGUUCGCUGCACCCAGCUGGUGCGAGACCUUUGCCUAGUCAGCGGACUGGAUCAUCGCAGUCUAGUCAGUCACGGACGAAUUCCGGAUCAGGUGGUUCUGCGCAGGAUCGAUUGAGGGCGAGAUUGCAGGGGGGUCGAUCGCCUAGUCCUGCGACUCUUGAUCCUAGUGUUCGAAAGCCGAUUGGUGAGCGAAGGUGGUGA